GCAAAACCUCUAAUGAACAAGGCACUAGCAAAAGCUUUUAAAACGGCUCAUAAAGUUGGAAAUUUAACAAAGAAGACGAAGACUGGAAUAUUACAAUUAUCAAAGAGAGUAAACACCAAGGUAAGUCAAUUGAAAGAAAAGAAAAAAGCGUAUCAAGACAAAGUAAAAAAUAAAAUAAAAAAAGUACUCAAAAAGCCCACAAAAGUAAUAAAAAAGCAUUACACAAAGUGCUCAAAAAACCAAAGAAAAUCAUCAAAACGACGACCAAAAAGCUGA